GGGUCGGGCGCAGCGGUUGCGUUUGUUUUGGGUGAUGAGUGCUGAGGUGGUCGCUGCUGCCGCCGCCGGGUCACAACAGUGGACAUCAUGGCCAACCUGCCGCCCGGGGAUCCGAAGCUGGUGUCGCUGAUCGUCAACCACCUGAAGAGCCAGGGUCUGUUCGAUCAGUUCCGCAGAGACUGCCUGGCUGAUGUGGACACGAAGCCUGCCUACCAAAAUCUGAGACAGCGGGUUGACAAUUUCGUGUCCAACCACCUGGCAAACCACACGUGGAGUCCUCAUCUGAACAAGAACCAGCUGAGGAAUAACAUCAGGCAGCAGGUGCUCAAGUCGGGAAUGCUUGAGUCUGGCAUUGACCGCAUUAUAUCCCAAGUUGUGGACCCAAAGAUAAAUCACACCUUCAGACCUCAAGUGGAAAAAGUUGUACAAGAUUUUUUGGCCACGCUAAACAACAAAGAAGAUGCAAAUGUGAAUCACGAACAAGUGGAAGAGAAAACGGAGUCGUCUCUCGCCAUCACUGGUUCUGCAUCUAUGGUUGGACCCAGCACCAGUGUCGCUAACGACGCAAUGUCCAUUUUGGAAACUAUAAGUUCCUUGAAUCAAGAAGCCACGGCUGCCUGGGCCAUGUCGGAGAAUUGUAAUCCUAAAAACCCUGACAAAAUGUCGAGAAAAGCCCCUCCACAGCAGACCUUUGAGGUUUCCACAGAAGAGGCUCUGGAGAACGACAAGCCCGCUCCUGAAGGCCCAAGUGAAAGUAGUGUGGAGCCGCUUAUCAAGGCAGAAGAGAUGAAUGACCUCUCGCCUCCAGCCGAGGACAUAAAAAAUUCAGUCAAUGAAGCAAUUAGCUCCACGCCGAGCAAAGACACUCCAAACGACACUGACGAGCAGAGAGUGAAAUCUGUUGAAGGAGUGGAGAAGAAAAUUGAGGUCACUGAGAAAUCGGACCGGAAGGAGGAGAAUAAAGAAAUUAGGACAGAAAAGAGGAACGAACACGUGAAGCGGAGCGAUGGCACCACGAGACAGAAGGAAGAGAAGUCCGGGAAGGAGAAGGAAGGGGACACCGAACCUGCUAAAUACAGCAAUGCCGAAAAGAGUAGCAGCAAGCAAAGAGCUGCGGACUCUGUGAAGGAAGAAUGUGCCUUACCCGAUUCUGACGUGGAUGCUUUUUCGGAUGUGACGGUCAGCUCUGUGCACACCAGUGACUUAUCCUCAUUUGAAGAAGACAGUGAUGAAGCAGAUGCUGUGUCGGAUAGUACAGAAGAGGGCGAAAUUACUUCAGAUGAUGAAGAGGUCAAGCUAGACCCCGAGAAUAAAGCCAAGUUGUCCGGUGAACCCGGGGAAACCAAGACCAAAGGCACCCGGCAGGCCUAUGUUCAUAAGCCGUUCCUGUACUCCAAAUACUACAGCGAUUCAGAUGAUGAACUGACCGUAGAACAGCGCCGGCAGUCUGUGGCCAAGGAGAAGGAAGAGCGGCUGUUACGGAGACGAUUAAAGAGGGAGAGACUGGAAGAAAAGCGCAAACAGAAGGCCUUGGAGAAGAGCAAGGCUUUGAAAAUGAAGAAUCAUGGAGGAACAAGCACUGCCGAUAAACCUUCCAAAGGUCUGAAGCCAAAGUCCAGCAGCAUAAAAGAAGUGCUCAAAGAACAGAUGUUUUUAGAGAAAAAAGUUGCACUGAGCAGGAAAAAGAAGAGUGAACUGAGAACUGAUCCUGCCAGCAGUCUGAAGUUAAAGAGUGAACUUCACGAUGAAGAUUCAAGGGAUACACAAAAGUCUAAUGAGUCACUGGACAGAUCUUCCUCAUCCACAAGAGAACCCAAGUCUAAUACAAGGACUGAUGCUAGCAAAGCAUCGAGAAAACUGCAAGAACCCUCCGAGCAAAGCAAAAAUGAUUCAAGAGGAGACAAAGAGUUUAAGAAGAAAACAACACUUUUAGAAAAAAUGCAAGAGAAUGAAACCUCAGAUACUAGGAAACAUGUAGAGAGAUUAGACUCCACUUCUGAGGAUUAUCCAAAGCCUAAAAAUGUAUACAGAUCUGAAAAACAUACAAAAAAGGAUAGUAAUGAAGGAGAUUCACAGAAUGCCAAGAGCACUUUAAGGAAGGAACCAAAGCCUCCUAAGCAUGAGCGUGAGAGGACUUACUCAGAGGAGCGUAUAUCCUCAAAGCAUAGACACAAGUCGGAUGGUAUACAAAGACCAGCAACAGAUGAGUCGGAUUCUCAAAAAUCUAAGAGGACUUCAAAAGAGGAAGAACAGUUGAGUAAGCACAAUCAAAGUAAAUCAAGUUCAGAGGAGCGAAACGAUCGGAAAAAUAAGCAAAAAACUGAUGGAAAGUCAUUAUCAUCCAGCAAAGAUGAGAGAUCAUCUGAUCAUUCAAGCAAAAUAGAUGGAGGUAAAAGAGAGAGACAUCAGUCCACUGAAAAGUCCAGACCUGAGAACCGGAAUAAGAGAUUAGCCGGGGAUUCCAGACAACACAGAGAAUUGAAAAGGUCACACAGUUCAUCAGAGAAAAAAUCCAAGUCUUCACCUGUUGAUAAGAAUGAAGCUGAUUCUGCUAACUCUGAUAAUUCCAGGCAGGAGGAAAGUGUUAAAGACAAAAGGAGAAGCCACAGUUCUUCUGAAGAAAAGACUCAUGCCAAAGCAAAGUUUAAAAGCAGUAGUAAAUCACCUAAACAGAAUGACCAGGAAGAUGCAAACCAAAAGAGUGAAAAAGAGAGGAUUGUGGUGGAAGGAUCCACAGAGAAGUAUCAAAAAUCGAAAUCUGAAGAUAAAGAAGAUGAGCGAAAGGAAAAUCCUGUUCCUCAGAGUUCAAGCAGCACAGCAAAAGAUGCCAGUCACAAGUCCAAACAUAGCGAUAAAUCGAAGGAAAGGGCUCGGCCGGACAGCAAGGAUCGUGACUCGCUUAAGGUGGAUAAGAAAUAUUCUGGUGAAAUCUCGAAAGCAAAGUAUAGUCAUAAGGAUGAGAGGCGAAAGAGUGAAAGUGGCAAAUUGGAAGAACGAUCCUCUAAGUAUCCAGAAGAAAAGAAACUCCAAGACCGUUCAAGCAGCUCAGAUCGGAAGUCAAGUAAAAAGUCUGUGUCUGAGCAUAGAAGUGAAAGCUUUAAAGGCAGCAGUACUAAAAAGGGAUUGAAAUUAGACAACGAAACUGACACUCAAGGUAUUGCUACAGGCAGCGAGCCAAAAGAUGUUGAACGACCGAGAGAGAACAAAAAGCCUGGGAAAACACAAACCGAGAGCACCGAAAAGGCCAAUAAUGAAGCUGCAGAAUCCAUACUAAGUCUUGGGAACUCGAGCUUUUAUUCUGUUACAGAAGCUACUACCUCAAAGAAAUCUAUCAUGCUCAAACCCAAGACAAAACAUGGAAGCAGUGAUUCAAGGGAUAGUAGUGGUGCCAUUAAAGCUAUGACCGCUUCUAAUGACUCCAGUACUUCAACUGAACCAUCUGUAGACAAUAGUGAACGUAAUAAAAUGAACCUGCUAAGUUCACAAAACCCUGUUGCUAUCCAAAGUGAGACUGAUGCAGGAAUCCCAGCCAAGAAAUCAAAGAAUCCAGGUUAUGAAAUUGGUGGCAGAAGUCACUUGCAACCUAGAGAGUUAGAAAAUUCUGCUCAGGGGCAAAGUGAAUCUGCUUCCGAACCCAGUAAUAUUGACAACUCCAGUCUGUCUCCCGAUGACGUGUACUCUGAAAUUACAGAUUCCAAUGAUGGGGAGAUUUCCACAAGUGACCUUGCUGAAGAGGAUGGAAAAUGCACGAAAGACGGGAUUAAGAAGGAAAAUGUGACCAUUUCAGUUCCAAUUCAUUCUUUGGAGCAUGAUAAUCUUGUCACUGGUAAUAAUGUAGAAAGGGAAGCAUCUGCUAUGGAUAUUGAUACAUCCGAAAUUGAAAAUUUUGAGGGAUCUAAUGCAGUGGAAGAUGGUUCUGCAGUUGUCCAAAGUGGUGCCUGUUCUGUGAACGUGACUUGCACAGAAAGAAAUGUGGGAAGUAGCAUAAUGGAAGCCAUCUGGGGUCAGGGUGGUAGCAAUAUCUCUGUACUUUCUGGGACGGAUAAUCAACGUGUAAAGGAAAUCGAAUGUGAAGAUGCUGCUACUUCAUCCAGCUCUGUUAUAGAAACUACUAACGAAAUAAGGCUUCUUGGUGAAGAUAUGGCCACUUCUUCCAAUACCACAAUGGAUAAUGGCACUGAUAAAAUCUGCAUUGAAGUGGAUACGGUAAACCUUGAUAAUAGCAGGGGAUAUACUUCUUCAGCUUCUGCCGAUGGUAACUUUGUAGAAGAUGACGGGGAUUUUACUAUGUUAUCAGAAAAUAGCUUUGAAGAUGCAACUACCACUUCAAGCACAGAUAGAAAACCAUUCCAUGACAACACAGAAAGUUCAGAAACAUGCUCACAAAGUACCAGUGAUAAUCUCCCCGAACAAGUGAGUAUCAUUACCUUUAAGCCUGCAACAUCCAGUGCCAUUAGAGAAUCCACAGAAAGUACUCAGGAGAAUGCAGCCUCCUCAUCGAACAAUGCUGAAGGUUCUCCUGCUUUAAGAGAAUCACGUAAUGAUAGCCAGACAGCAACAUCUUCUGACACCACUUCCGAGGGUACAGAGAGUCCCAUUGCACAUAUAGCAACGUCUUCAGAAAGUUACUUUGUGCCUGCCAUUUCUGAAAAUAUAACCACACAAGCAGCAACCUCUUCCGUCACUGCAGCAGAGAUUGAUGGUGGUCUUGGGAUGUCGGAAAGGCACACAGCCACCUCUUCAAGUAGUGUGGUCAAUAGUAGUAGGGGGUUGAACUUUGAAGUCUCUCUGGUCUCAUCUGAAAUAGAUGGCGAACAUGUUGCAGCAUCAUCCAGUAAUUUAUUGGAUAACAGUAUGACUGAUGACUGUUUAGAAAGAGAGAGCGAUAGUGCGGCAAGUUCUUCUAGUAAUACCCGCAGAAGUAACCAUACGUUUGGUAAUGCCGAGGAGAGCAAAAAUACACGGGCCACAUCAAGCACAGAGCAAGAUGGUAUGAGUGACACAUGUACAAACUUCAUCUCUUCUGGAACUCCCAAAGAGUAUCCGGGAAACUCAUCAGAUCUUGCCAUGGACAGUAGUACUGAAGUGUUCAUAGGAAGAGACUUGUACUCUGGAAGCACCUCAAGCUGUUCUAGUAGUGGAGGAGGUCAAAGCAACAAGUUUAAGGAACAAAGUAAGGAUAACACAGCAUCUUCAAGCAGUGGAGAUCCUUCGGUUCGAAGACAGACUUCUGAGGAGGCAGCAUCUUCUUCAAGCUCUUUCAGGCAAAGUAUUACAAAUCACCCAGCCACAUUAACCUCCGAAAACACAGAAGCUACAGCAUCUUCAAGCGUUGCAGUGAACAUCAGUACUGAUCGUUUUGACAGAUCUUCUCCUGGAAAUAGUUCUGAUACUACAGCCACUUCAUCGAGCAACUCAACUAGGAAUGUUGCCAGCUUAGACUUGUAUCCCAGUGCUCAACCUACGGCAUCUUCAAGUGUCGCAAUGGACAGCAGUACAGAAGAAGACUUAAGCAUGAGAUGUGCUAUGGACUUAGAUAGGGGUACAGGUACUGCAACGUCUUCUGAUGUUUUGAACAUGUUACGUACAGAAGACACAGUAAGAAAUGAUGAAGUACCGGCAUCGUCAAGCACAGUGGCUGCAGAUAUGAUUAAAGAGAAUGUUGAAAGCGCCUUUGUAGAUAAGGCAAAUGAACAGACCGCUACAUCCAGCGAUAUGAUGGAUAGCAGCAUAGAAGAUGACAAAUCGUGUGCUGUUAUUUCCAACAAUGCUUAUUCAUCCACAUCCAUAAAUAAUGAUUCUUGUGGAAUUAAAGAUGGAAAUGUUAAUAGUGAAGCUACAGCCGCUAGUUCGAGCAAUGCUAUGGAAUCUUUUGAUGAGAAUAAUGCCACAUCAUCAGAUUACUUCAUGAGCAGUAGUUUAGAAGCAGAGAAACAGGAUUUGGGUCCAAGCAGGAAUGAUGAAGCAGCCAGUUCUUCAAGCUUUAAUGAUGGUAUAGUCCAAGAAAUCCAAACAGAAGCAUCCAUCAACAGACCUGUUGUCGAUGAUGCAACUACGUCUUCCAGCACGGAAAGAGAGCAUGAUCUUGGUGAAAGAGAUGGAAAUGUAGGGAGUGAAAUCGGCUGUGAAACUUUACAAAUGUCAGUGGAAUCAAGCUUUGACGAUAACCACAGCAACACUGCCAUUUCUGGUACUUCUGAAGAAGUUGCAGUUUAUCUGUCAGGAGCAGAUGCUAACAAUGAUUCAGGAUGCAUUGAGGCAAGCUCUGAAGAUGGAGAGAAUGAUGUAACCUAUGAAAAAGAGGAUGCUGUAAGCAGUGCAAGCUCUGAAGAGCAAAAACAUGUCUGCAGUGUAUCUAGACAGCUCGGAGACAGAGAAACUGAUGGUGUGGUAACAAGUGCCAGUACUGGAGCAAGAGGGUUAUCUGGUAAUAGAGGCAGUUCUGAAGCUUAUGGUCAUGUUACUUGUGUAGACAAAGCCAGUUUUGAUACAGGCAGUAUUACAGCUUACUGUCCUGUAGAAGUGGCGGUUUCUCAUACAAAUGAUUUUGAUAUAAAUGAACGUCAGGAAUCGGAGGCAUUUGCUGAUAACAGGGAUGCUGAAGAUCCUGACAGAAAUGCAUCCGCUGAGAAUGUACAGUUUGAGGACAUUGCUAAUGUCCCAACAGAGCAUGAUGUUUCUAGACCAGCUAACCAAUCUGUAUUGGAAGAAGGUGAAGGUGCUGUCACCAGUACAGGCAUUUCUGAAGAAAAUUAUGGUGUAAAGCAAGAUAACAAAGCCUGCUGUGCCACAGAAGGCACUGAAAGCAGUAGUAUCAUGAGCAGACCUGCAAGCAUAGAUUCCAGAGUUACUACAGAAGAUGAUGAAAGUGCCAUUACAAGUACUGGAGCUAAAGAAGAUGAAGAAGAGGGGGAAGGGUUUGUCACAAGUACUGGAACUGCAAGUGAAGAUUCAUCUUUUUCAAUUUCUGUAGAUCGUAAUUCCAGUAAUUUAAUACAUACUGCAGAACACCCAAGAAAUCUCAUGAACAGUAGGGUUGAACAAGAGGCAGUGGAACGGCUUGAGGUUGACACAGCAGCAGAGGAGCAGAUAGUGGAAGAACAGGGUAUGGAAGAGGCAGUGGUGGAGGAACGGGCAGUGGAGGAGCAACAUGUUGCAGAAGAGGCUGUGGCAGAGGAACAAGUUGCGGAGGAAGCAAUGGUGAAGGCAGGCGUUGAGAAAGAGGCAGUGGUGGAAGAACAUGUUGAAGAAGAGACUGUGGCAGAAGUUGAAGUAAAAAAAGAUUGUGAAGUAUUUCAAGGUGUUAUAAAUUUCAGUAUCGCACCGGUGAGAUCAUUGAGUAGAACUUCCGAAAAUGAAUGUAUUUCUUCAGUGAAGAGUGCAAUUGUUGCUGAUCAUUCUGCACUGGAGUCCUUAACACAUGGUGCUGCAGAGAUUUCUGAGGAGAAACUUGAUGAUUUAAACACUGAAUACCAAUGUACCAGUGACUUGGACACUAGUGCUUCAAUUGAGUCUCAAGGUUCUCUUACAAAGAGCCCUAGUGAAGCAAGCAAUACCUUUUUCGACAGUCAGACAUCACAUACUGAUAAAGUUGCACAUCACAUGUUUGAAGAAGAAAAUAUGCUUCACACAGCAUUGUCAGAAGAGCAUUUAGAAGAUGGCAAAGUGCACAUUCUUUCUACGGACAACAGUGAAAAUGCUCCUGUUAACACAUCUGAUGGGAGGAAAUCCUCAAACUCUGAUGAAGAUGUUCCAUCAGAACCCAGCCAGGGUAUGGUGUCUGAACAUGUGGUGACUGUUGAGCCCAGCAACAAAGUCGUAGAGUCUGAGGAAACUCCCCAGACAAAUGAAGACCAUAAUAAGCAAGCAAAAGAGUGCCACAACACUACCUCAGCUGAUGCCCAUGAAAACCAAAUAUCAGUACUUGCGUCAGAACCCAUCAUAGAGCGUGUACAGUCUGCACAGGACGGCGACUCUCGUGCUCCAGAACUUGGUGACAAAGUCAAACCCGGUUCAGAGAUGGAUGGGCCGAAAGAACCUGACAGUAUUACCAAGCAUGAAGACCCUGCCAAAAAAAGUGAGGAGAAAGAGUUAAAGGAAGAGGGGAAAGCAGAGGGAACUCAACCAGACCCCAGUACUGGUAAAGUGGAAUCUCUGCCUGCUGCUCAACCUGAAAAAAGAAAAAGGGGCAGGCCCCCAAAGAGGCGCACCCUGCUUCUAGCCAUGGCCAAGCAGGCUGAAGAGGCCGCAGCGGCUGCAGCAAAGCAGUCUUCAGAAGCACAGCGCCCUCUAGAGGAAAAGGAUAAAUCUGACAAGAAUGACAAAGGGGAUAAAGAUGUUUCCAGCCCUAAGAAGAAUGAAAGCGACCCUAAAAUAUCUCAAGAGAGCGGCUCAGACAGAAGUCCAGCGCCAGUGUCCAGGAGAGGAAGGAAGAGCAAACGGUCACUAAGUUCUUCUGAGACAGACUGUUCAGAACCAGAAAGAAAGCGUAAGAAGUCAGAAUGUGUCGAGGAAGAGGAAGACGAAGAUGAUAAUGAUGAUGAUGAUGAUGAUGAUGAUGAUGAUGAUGACAGUGAAGACGAGGAAGGUGGUCAACAAGGAGCAACCACCCGAGCAGCCUCUCGUCUAGAAGCACAGAGGAAACUGCCCCACAAGCCAACAACUCGAGCAGCGUCCAAGUUAAGCAGUCCUGAGAAAUCUUCCCCAGCAGAGAGACGACGUAAAGCGGUAUCAUCAGAGUCCAAGACUGGCAAGGUAUCACCAGAGUCCAAGGCUGGCAAAAACACAAAGAAUCGGUCCACUCCACCCCAAGCAAGUGGAGCAAAGAGACGGAGGGAAGCCAGCCCGUCGACGCCAAGAUCGCGAGGUCAACAGACAUCAGACGAAACGGCAGCAAAAAGAAUAAAGCGCCAAUAACUGUAUAAAGUUCAUGUUUUUGUAUUAUUGUAUUCUAAUUUAAUACUCUGUGUAAAAAGUCCAUUGUUGGAAAGGUGCUUAGAUAUGUAAAUGAAUACACUAUGAUGGCAUCAGACUACGGGGCACACGUUUUUCCUAUUUUAGUUGUGAGCAGAGACUCCGACAUUUGGGUUCAUGAACUGUACAGAUACGUCCUCCCCAGUGUUCUGCAAUAUACUGUACAGAUCUGUAACAUAUGGGCUGAGAGAUUAUACAUAGAUCCUUUCUCUUUCUUAAUUCACCUUUCUUGCCUGUCUACCAUUAUUUCAUGGACUAUUAUAUAGCUGACAUCAGCUGUUCUGUAAGUGACCCCCCCCUGGUGUUAGCACGUUCUCACAUGUCGUAGAAACGUGCAGAUUAUUAUUUUUUUGUUUCAUGGGGGGGUGGCAUUGUGGACCAGAAAAACAGUGAAAAGAUCGGAGCUGCGAUACCAGGCACAACCCGUGGGGAAGAGACUGUAUUUUCUAAUUGUUGAUAACUGAACCCACCUAUUGCUUGAAGACUGGGCCCCAAUGCACUUGUUUAGCACCGUCCCUCUUCAGUUUUUAGCUCAAAUCCUAGCCAUAGUGACAGAGCAGAGUGCCAGAGGCCCCUUCAUUCUAGCGAUCAGUGGGGGCCCAAACUCUCACUUGUGCCUAUGUUAUGUGAAAAGUUUGUUUAAAGCCAGAGGGUUAUCCAGACCUCGCUCCCACCCAAUCCAGCAUAGACGUGGACCUUGCUACAUGGCUAUGUACACAAAAUUUUGGGCUAAAAAUAAAUAUUUUGUUUGGUCUUUAUUAAAAACAUUGAGCCGUUCUGUCACAAAGGGUUAACUGUUCUAGCUGUGUGACUGGUACUUUCACUUUGUACCACCCAUAUCUCUAAAUUAGUAAAAAGGUCAUAAACACUUAUUUAU